AACAUAUUAGGAACGUUAUCUCUACUAUAUGAGAUGUUUUGUCCAUCGUGCGGAAACCUAUGUGUUAACAGCAAUGAAAAUUUUUGCAAUUCCUGUGGCUCAGCAUUAAAAGACGGAAAUCUUACAAAGCCCAAGGAAAUGUCAAAUAAUGCAAGUGGUGGCUUAAAAACUUUAACUUUUGAAGAAUUUCUGAAGAGAGGAUCAAGCAGAGAAACUAAAGACCAAGAACAACGUCAACAAACCUUUAACGAAAUGAAAAAAAGAAAAUCAGAUGAAAGAACGAAAUCAUUAAAAAAAAAGAAGGAAGAAAUUGUAAAGAUAAAUAGUGGGUUGGUAGAAUGUGGAGUAGCAAGGCAGCUAAAAGUCAAAAAAGGUUCUCUUCUACCUCUCGAUUUUAAAAAAAGAAAAUGAUUCCAGUUGUAAAGUGAAGAGUUUAGGGAUGGACAAGCAGUUGGCUCAUAAUAAACACCUGAGGGAUUCUGGUGACUUUGAUUGUGUUCUGAUGUACCCAGACUUUGGUCUGGUUAACACUAUUCCAGGAACUUCACAGCCAUUUACAGUUGAGAGAUAUAAGGAAGCAAUUGGAAGGCCUUAUAAUCGAGUCAACUUGUACUUGUGCAAGGUCUCUGACUUAAUUUAAAAGUGAGGAUUAUUUACCUAUAACAAACUGAUUUGCAUGUAAUUAAAGCAUAUACAGUACAGUUCUCCAAUCAUGUAUGUUAACAUCAGUUUUAAAUUUUUUCAACUUUUAA